CCUUUGUAACCUGUUCUUUGUCAGCCAACACAAAGAUGGCUGCUUGUCACACCAUAAGCUGUUGUUCCAUUUACAACAUGCUGCUACAUCAAAGUAGUGUGUUUAUUUUGAGGCUGGCAUAGAAUUAGUGUGUUCAGUAUGAACCUGGAAUAUCAGUAUAAGACAAUUGAAUGCAGUUUGUUGAACAAUCAUUUUAAAAAUCUUUUUUAGUGCUUAUAGCAGGUUCUGGAUGUAGGAAAACAACUACAAAAACAAUUCCACUUGUAAAUUACAGUGCGCAUGGUAUACGACAUAUUAAGAAUUUUUUUUAUUUUAGUGUGUUAGUUGGGGAAAAAACAACAUGGACGAAUGUGUUUAUUUCAUUUUUACUCAGCUCUGAACAGUUUGGCUGAUUUGAAUGUAUAUUUGCAUUAACCUUUUAUCUAGGAACACACGCGAACAAAAGGGUGGCAUACACAGCAUUACUCAAUGUAUUUACACUUUAUAAAGAACACUUUUUUUAGGAAUACUGUACUAAAAACUAGUAUUAACACAGCAUCAAUUCUUCCUGGCAUGGAUUCCAUGAGAUGCUGGAAACAUUUCCUUGAGAUUCUGGUCCAUGUUGACAUGAUUGCAUCAUGCAAUUCCUUCAGGUGCGAAUCUCCCAUUCUACCACAUCCCAAAGCUUUCUACUGAAUUUAGAUCAUUCCAGUAACUGGGAAGACCACUGAAAAAUGCAUUGUCAUGUUCAUGAAACCAGUUUGAGAUGACUUUGUGAUAUGGUACGUUAUCAUUCUGGAUGUAGCCAUUAAAAGAUUAGAAUUGUGGCCAUAAAAGGAUGUACAUGCUCAGCAACGAUACUCGAAUAGUCUGUGGCAUUCAAGCGAUGAUUGAUUAGUAUUAAUGGGGCAAGUGUGGCAAGAAAACAUUCUCCAAAUGCCAACAAGGCAAAGCUGGUUCCAUGGAUUCAUCCUACUGGCACCAAAUUCUGACCCUACCAUCUGUGUGCCUCAGCUGGAAUCAAGAUUCCUCAGACCAGGAUAAGUUUUUCCAGUCUUCUGUCCAGUUUUGGUGAGCCUGUACAGACACAGUGUUCUAUUCUUGACUGACAGAAGUGGAACUUCUGCUGUCGUAGCCCAUCCGCCUCAACAUUCGACAUGUUAUGCAUUCUGAAAUGCCUUUCUUCUCACUAAAAUUGCACAGUGUUACUGUAGCCUUUCUGUCAGCUCGAACCAGUCGGGUCAUUCUCUAUUGACGUCUCUCUCAUCAACAAGACAUUUCUGUCCGCAGCAACUGUCACUCACUGGAAGUUUUUUCUUUAUUGUGCCAUUCUGUAGUGUUAAACUCAAGACAUUGACGUGUGCGGAAAUUCCACAAGAUUAUAGAAAUAUGUCUUGCUGAUUUGACGCAUUGCAUGGCUGCCAAACAUUUGGCUGAUUACAUAAUAAUUGGCGAAUGAGUAAAUGUACAGGUGUUCCUAAUAAAGUGUUCAGUAAGUGAAUAUUGCCUAGAAUUAUAAUUUAACAGCAUUAUAUUCUUUUUUUUUUUUACAUUUUCUGUGUAUUUUGUAUUCAUCCUUCAGUUGUCAUGAAGACAAAUGAAAUCUGACUGUUUAUAACUAGUGUAUUUAAAAGGAAAAGUAAUAACAACAACACUUAAUAAGGUGUGGAAAAGGGAACCUACAGUGGAUGAGCUCAUCUUUUUUACUCUCCACUUGCAACACAAAGGACACACCCAGUAUGCUGAGGAGUCAUGUGACUCUGUGUUUACAUGGCGAGAACAAGUUCGUUGAAAGCCAUAAAAAAAGUCAACCGCAAAGGGCACAGUACAACCCAACGUGGCUCUUAAUCAAAUAGCCACUUACAGCAGAAUACAAAAUGGUGGAACAAGCACUACAAGUGAGCAGUGCCAUUUCCCCUCAGGCUGGACCUAGCGAGGUGGAAAACUACAUUCUCUCCGAGAUCAACAUGAGGAGAGCUACUCAACAAAUUGGUCGUCACCUGGCUCAGAUCGGAGACGAACUGAACAGCAGGUGGAGGGAGAAGCUCCCUCAGCAACGACACCUAGACUGGCAAGUUUAUCCAAACUUACUGAUCUGGAGAGCCAUCAAUGGGAGGAUCAUUGGCACCCUUCAGUGGUCCAAGAUCAUUUCGAUGGAAAGAGCAUCCAGGCUGGUUCCAGAGCUGCACACACAAGCUUGCCAAGCAACUAUGAAGUGGAUCAACUGGGUCAAGCCACACUUUCCUGGUUGGUCCUACAAGACAAAAUGUCUUCUAGCUUCUGCUGCACUGCUGUUAGCUGCAACUGUCUUUACUGCAACUAAGAUUUAAGGCACCAUCCAGAAAAAAAGGCUGAGCGGGUCUUUGGCAGGUCUUCGAAUGGGUCAAGAAGGAUAAUUACGUGUUCAUUUUUUAUAUAAUUUUAUAUGAUUGUUUUCUACCCGAGUGCUGGUUCACAAGAUUUUUGUAAGUUGUUUGAUGCCGUUGUUGGUUUACCAUAGGGUCUGUUGCUGGUUAAUUGGGCCGUUUAUUCUCUUACCUCUUCCUUUAAAAGAA